AUGUUAAAAUUGUACGGUGGUAGAAAAACUUUUAAUAAUGUCUUACAUUCGUAUAUUCGACAAUUGUACAAAAAAGAAAUUACGUUUCAUAAGGAACCGUGUAAUUCGAAAAUACUGUCUGCAAAAUACCUGGCUACAUCUUCCUCAGAUGAAAAAUCUAAAGGCUUUUGCAUUGAUAAACCGACGAAAUGGCCAAGUGGAAAACCGGCAAACUUCAAAUUGCAUCAAGUAACGGAAGCUAUACUAAACGAGCAAAUAAAUGCUGAAUUAAAGGCUUUUUAUUAUUAUCUGUCUAUGGCUGCAUAUUUCGGACGUGCUGACGUAGCUUUGCCUGGCUGUGAAUCAUUUUUCAUGCAAAUGCACCAUGAAGAACAUGAACACGCUCUCAGAUUUGUAAAUUACGUCAAAAUGCGUGGAGGCUGUGUACAUUUGUGCCCGAUACAAUCACCCGACGAUCAAGAUUGGAAAUGUCCACUUCACGCUUUCAAAACAGCAUUGGAAUUGGAAACUGAAAUAACGGAAAAACUUGUAGCGGUAAAUACUGUGGCGGAAACAUAUAGCGAUUUAAAUGCAAGUGAUUUUAUUGUUACCGGUUUUAUGGAAGAUCAAAUGAAAAGUGUGAACGAAAUGGGAAGAUUUGUAGCCAUUCUAUCUGGAAUCGGUGAUCAAGCGUUGGCACGUUUUAUAUUUGACAAAGAUUUACUUGAAAAUCACGUUACACCAAAGUUUAAUAUUCUUCAUACAAAGAUGCGUCCAAACGGAAAUGAUAACUAG